AUGACAACUAAAAUUCCCACAGAAAUAUUAAUUAAAAUUUUUAAUAAUGUUCAAUCACUUCGUUCUGAAGAUUUAUAUUCAUUUUUAUUAGUUAAUCGAAACUGGUGUAAUAUUACUAUACCUUUACUUUGGAAAUUACCUUUGGACCAAGAAUGUUGUACAGAUGAUGAGAAGCUGAGGAAGAAAGCAUUAUGUAUUCGAACUUAUAUAUCAUCCAUUUUUGAUUAUCCAUCAUUCAUUCAUAAAUUUAGAACUGAUAAUUUAGUUCAUUUUAUUUCCAUAUAUUCACAACAAAUUAUUGGUUCAAAUAAUAAUAAGAAUGAAUCAAGAAUUUUAUUUCGUGAGAUAUGUAAAUUAAUAAUAAAUCGUUGCUCAUAUCUGGAAUAUUUUAAAUUGGCGAAAGUUGCAAGGAAUUUUUCUGCAAAUUUUGACGAUUAUGGUGAUUCAAUUGUUUCAAUUCUCAAGUUACCUGGUGCCCUGAAAGUAUUUAAGAAAUUAAAAACGUUUAUUUCAGUAGCGAAUGAUGACCAGUUUAGACCUUUAUAUGAAUUAUUGGUAUUAAUUUGUCAUAAUCUUUUAAAUAUGGAUUUGGAAAUUAAUUCGUAUUCAUCUUAUCAAGAGCAAUUAUUAACAAAACUUAUUAGCGGUCAAAAACGGUUGGAAAAUCUAUCAAUUAUUGAUAAUAGUUAUACAGAUUGUCAUUUACUAUUUUGGGCUAUCAUCAGUCAAAAAGAAACAUUAAAGAGUCUUCGUUUAAAAAAGUUAUAUUAUUAUCGUUGUAUGGAGAAAUCACCACCAAUUAUGCAAUUUACUUCACUUCAAGAACUUUAUAUUGAAGAUUGUUACGGAUUAAAUAAUUCAGAUUGCUUAUCCUUGGCUUCGUCAUUUACUCAAUUAAGCAGUUUUCAUUAUUUUGAUUCUAAUUGGUGUCCUCAAGAAUUUAUUAUAAAAAUUUUCGAAACUGCUAAUUCAAAUUUAAGAAAUAUUUAUCUAGAAUUAUAUCCCGAAAUUACAUUUGAUUCAUUUUCAGCAAUUUUAAAUUAUUGUACAAAGAUUACCAAAUUAACUUUACCAAAUCUACGCCCUGAACAAGUAAUAGCAAUAUUUAAUAAUAAUUUUAAUGAAUUAAGAAGAUUUUCAUUUGGUAUUGAAAAAGGAUUGGAUGCUAAUAAAUUAUUAUGUCAAAUGGCCAAAAAUGUACCAGAGUCACUUGAAACUAUUGAAAUUCAAACUAAAAUGAACUAUGAUCCAUGGAUUAUUAGUGCCAGUAGCUUAAGAAAUCUUUUUGAAGGGUGGUGCUAUAAAGGAGAAGGAAAUAAAAAGAUUAUUGUAAAACGUACACGAUUGCGACAAUUUAAACUAAGUGAUGAACAUUUUAAAGUUAUUGAAAAAUAUGGAGUUCAACUGGAUAUAAUUGAUAUGGAAAAAUAA